CCCCCGGCUCAUAGACACACGGCUAGUGACACACAAUAGAGAGGCCGAGUUCGCACAAGGGAGAGCUGAGCUUCGGGGAGGCUGGAGAGGAGUGUGACCCGUACACAAGGAGGACUGAGGAAAGCUGGUAGGACAGAACCUUUCAUAGGCAGGACAUGGCUCUCCAUACACUGCCUCCAUUAAUUCAGCCUGGGAUACAGUGACAUCUUGUUGGACCCAGACAAAGCUCCCUUGUGGUCACUUGUCCCCCCUUGUCCUGGUCUGCAUGUAAAGCCCUGAGCUCCCCCCCCCCCCCACCAGCCAGAUAAGAAGCCCCCAUUUGCGCCCUCCACAAACCGUUUUUAUUCUAUUUAUUUUUUCUGGAGACCAAUGGUGGUGCUGAAAGCCUCAUGCUGAGUCUCCUUGGUGAGGUGUCCCAUUGGGGCCGGGGACAGGAUGCUGGAGCCAGCGGGUUUCGUGGAGGCGUGGCGGGCGCAGUUUCCGGACGCGGAGCCGCCCCGCAUGGAGCUGCGGACGGUGCGGGACAUGGAGCAAGAGUUGGAGAGGUGCAGGGUCACCGUGCGUAGGCUGGAGCGAGAGCUAAACCGGGAACGGUUCCGUAUGAUUUACCUACAGACUCUGCUGGCCAAGGAGAGGAGAGGUUACGACCGCCAGCGAUGGGGCUUCGAGGUGAGGGAUCCACCUGGAGGAGGAGAAGAGAGGCCCUUGUUGUCCAGUCGGGAAGAGAGAGCCUUAGGUCCUGGUAGGGAAGAGAGAAGUCCAGAGGAAAAGACUAGGGGUCCGGGCCGCAGGGAGCCACCUGUCGGCGCUCCGGAUCUGUCUCCUGGGGAUGUGACUCGGGGUCCCCGUCGACUGCUUAGCUUGACAGAGAGAGAUGGGUCAGAAACCCGAUCGGACCGGCUUAGAAGGGCGGCUUCUCACCCUGAGGGGAGUCCCAAAGCCACCUUGCCAGUAGAAUCUCGCCGUGGCCGCUCUUCGGAUAGCAGCUGUGGCUGGGACGGAGAGUAUGAGGAAGCUGAAUUAAAUCCUCGCUUUAUUCGGGAUAAUGCAUUGCCAGGCCCUGGCAGUCAUUGGGGGGAACCUUGGCCACGUCGAUCUGUCUCUCCUCAGAGUUUUGAGGACCUUGGGGGAGGGUAUACACCAGACUGCAGCUCCAAUGAGAACCUGACCUCAAGUGAAGAGGAGCUGUCCUCGGGCCCGUCUGGACGGGUGUCACCUCGGGGUCUUUGGGGUCGCUCCCCUCCUUCACCUGGCAGCGCAAGCCCUCCCACCCCACAGGCACCUGCCCGCCAGUGCCAGCUGAGAGUGUCUGAGGCUGCAAUAGUUGGAGUGAGGAGAAGUGGACAGAUCUGGCCAAGCUGUGUAGAGCCUUCUUCAAGAGAUGGAAGCUUUCAUGUAGAUGGAGAGGCACCAAAUUGUAGAACACCUCCAGGCACUACAGAAGAACAAAGGGCACAGCAUGACCUUAUGCCCUAUAUUGAUGAUUCUCCAAGCUCUUCCCCUCAGCUCAGUGCCAAGAGUCGUGGUAGCAGAGACACGCUCUCCUCUGCGUCUCUGGAAUCCAAUAAAUCAAAUGACCUGGAUAUUGAGAAGGGCCUAGAGAUGAGGAAGUGGGUGCUCUCAGCAAUCUUGGCAAGUGAAGAGACCUACCUUAGCCACCUUGAGGCUCUGCUUCUGCCAAUGAAACCCCUUAAAGCUGCAGCAACCACCUCCCAGCCAGUUCUGACCAUCCAGCAGAUUGAAACCAUUUUCUUCAAAGUCCCAGAGUUGUAUGAAAUCCAUAAAGAGUUUUAUGAUGCGUUGUUUCCACGGGUGCAGAAAUGGAGCCACCAGCAGAGGGUUGGGGACCUUUUCCAAAAACUGGCCAGUCAGCUGGGUGUCUAUCGCGCCUUUGUUGACAACUACGAGGUUGCCAUGGAAACAGCGGAGAAAUGCUGCCAGGCUAAUGCUCAGUUUGCCGAAAUUUCAGAGAAUCUGAGAGCUAGAAGCACACGAGAAUCCAAGGAUCAAGCAGCUAAAACCUCCCUGGAAACACUACUCUACAAGCCAGUGGAUCGUGUUACGCGGAGUACUCUUGUUCUGCAUGACCUUUUAAAGCACACACCAACCAGCCAUCCAGACUACCCACUGCUGCAAGAUGCACUUCGCAUUUCCCAGAACUUCCUUUCCAGCAUCAAUGAAGAGAUCACUCCCAGGCGCCAGUCAAUGACUGUGCGGAAAGGAGAGCAUCGACAACUCUUGAAAGACAGUUUCAUGGUUGAACUCGUUGAAGGUGCCCGAAAACUGCGCCAUGUUUUCUUUUUUACAGACCUUCUCCUCUGCGCCAAAUUGAAAAAACAAAUUGGGGGGAAAAGCCAGCAGUAUGACUGUAAGUGGUACAUACCAUUAGCAGACCUGACCUUCCAGCCUGUGGAUGAGUCUGAAGCUGCUGCUAACAUUCCUAUGAUACAAGAUGAUGAGCUAGAAGCCAUGAAGGUGAAAAUAUCCAAUCUGAAGAGUGAUAUUCAGAGAGAGAGGAAAGCAAACAAAGGAGGAAAAGGCAUGGAUCGUCUGCGCAAGAAGCUUUGUGAGCAAGAGUCAAUGUUGUUGUUACUCUCACCAAGCAUGGCAUUCCGAGUGCACAAUCGCAAUGGCAAGGGUUACACGUUCCUAACCUGGUCAGACUAUGAGCGGGCUGAAUGGGGAGAAAACAUCCGAGAGCAGCAGAAGAAAUGCAUUAAAAGUUUUUCUCUCUCUUCACUGGAAAUACAAAUGUUAACAAACUCCUGUGUUAAACUGCAGACUGUCCAUAGGAUUCCUUUGACCUUGAGUAAAGAAGAUGAUGAAUCUUCUGGCCUUUAUGGUUUUCUAAAUGUCAUCGUGCACUCUGCCACUGGGUUCCAGCAAAGCUCAAAUUUGUUCUGUACACUGGAAGUGGAUUCUUUCGGAUAUUUUGUUAACAAGGCAAAAACACGAGUCUAUCGCAACACAACUGAUCCGAGCUGGAAUGAGGAAUUUGAAAUCGAACUUGAGGGGUCUCAGACGCUGCGCAUACUUUGCUAUGAAAAGUACUACAACAAGAAUCGGCCUAUAAGGGAAGAUGGAGGGGAGUGUAGUGAACGUAUGGUGGCAAAAGGUCAAGUACAGCUGGACCCCAACAUGGUCAUGGGGAAGGAUUGGCAACGUUCAGUUGUGUCUAUGAACGGGAUAGAGGUCAAGUUGUCGCUGAAGUUUACAAGCCGAGAGUUUAGCCUAAAGCGUCUUCCCUCACGAAAACAGACCGGGGUGUUUGGAGUGAAAAUUGGCGUUGUUACCAAAAGGGAGCGUUCAAAAGUGCCAUAUAUAGUGCGACAGUGCAUUGAGGAAAUUGAGAGACGCGGCAUGGAAGAAGUCGGAAUCUACCGGGUAUCGGGGGUAGCUACUGACAUUCAAGCCUUGAAGAAUGCAUUUGAUUCAAAUAACAAAGAUGUUUCUGUUAUGAUGAGUGACAUGGAUGUUAAUGCCAUUGCUGGAACCCUCAAGUUGUAUUUUCGGGAACUCCCAGCACCACUUUUCACAGAUGAACUAUAUCCCAACUUUGUUGAAGGAGUUGCAUUAUCCGAUCCUGUGGCCAAAGAGAGCUGUAUGUUGAACUUGCUGUUGUCUCUACCAGAGCCCAGCCUACUCACUUUCCUGUUUCUACUGGACCACCUCAAAAGGGUGGCCGAGAAGGAGUGUGUGAAUAAGAUGUCCCUGCAUAACCUGGCUACUGUGUUUGGCCCAACCUUGCUGCGGCCAUCUGAGAAAAACAGCAAAAUCCCUACCAAUCCUACACAGCCAAUCAGCAUGGCCGAUAGUUGGAGUCUGGAAGUCAUGUCACAGGUGCAGGUUCUGUUGUACUUUCUACAGCUUGACACUAUUCCAACCCCGGACAGCAAACGUCAGAGCAUUCUCUUCUCGACUGAAGUGUGAUCUACUAAGACCCGCUUAUGGAGAGGGCACACAGCCUCUGUAGAUCACUUAGCUAGCCUGUAACCAGUGCAGGGUGAGAGGUAUAGGAGGGGGGCAGGUGGAUUCCCCACCUCCUAUAAAAUAAGUUGGCAAUCCCUAGGUGGUUUGCAAUAUAGCAAUUGUUGGCAUCAAAAGUGCUAUUUUUAAUUUAUUUAUUUAUACGUUUUUUAGAUAAACUUUAGAGCAGCUAUGGGCUCCCCAUUAACCUAUAAAACGAUGUAUAAGAUGUCUGUAUCUCAUCAGGAACCAAAAUGAAGUUACUGCCUAUUGCUCUGCCUUCAAUGUGUACUGUAGGUUUUAUAUUUUCUUUUUAAUCAGCAGACUGUUUGUCACAUAAAAAUAGGAUCUAAUUUGUAUGAUGAGUAAUGAGUUGACAUUGCUACAGGGCAGAGCUUCAGCUUGUCUUUGCACAGUGUUACAAGGUAUGAAAUGCAAUAGUAAUUUGUUUCUGAAUAGUAUGUGUCAUGAUAAGCUUCAGCCACUAGAUGUCAAAAAAGGCCAACAAGCCAGGCCUGCUGCUGAAUGAACCUUCCCAAUGCAGGAUUUAUCUGAGGUCCACGUUUUAGUGCUGGGAUUUUCCUAUUGGGACUUCUCUGUGCCUGUUAUUUCAGGUGUAUAUGUCAUAGAUUUUAGAACACUUUUAAUGUCUGCAUGUUUUUCCGGGUGUUUUAUUGUUCUGAGUGGUUUGUGUUGAGAGAGAGAUAUAGCCAAAAAUGUCAGAAUCGGUUCUUGUUCUGUAGAAGCAGGCUAUUUUGCCCUUAGAAAUUCCUUUUUCGGAUAUUGAGCUCACUGUUUUGGCCUAUCAGUGGACUCUAGAGCUGCAACCAUGAGCUGGUGCAUAGGAAGAUGUCUACAUUGGGAUCUGAAGCCAUAAAAAAACAUUUUUUUAUAAACGAACAAUGCCAUUUCCCAGCAUUUACCGGAACAAUGUCCUGCACAAUGCUACAUUUCGAAAGCGGAGCUGGUCUCUGUGUUCAGGUGCUUUACGCUUUGGACUACAGGAUUUCACUGCCAGAAACAUGGAGGAAUUUCCUCUAUGUCUUUAAUAUCCUUGGGGUCCAGUGUCGGACAUGGUCUGUACAUGAAGAUAGUGAGGUAUAAGGCAUGUAAUUCAUGUGGAGAAUGUGCCAUGACGUAAGGCUGCCCUUGGCGUUUUGCACAUGGGAAGCUGCUGAGCACAUCUGAGGCUUAUAAUGUGCAUUGUGUGUACUGUGUAGAGCCACAAUCCACCUGAAUGUUCUAAUAAAGAAAAAUGAUUGUUCACUAUUUAGUAGGGUGUAGUGACUACUGAAUUUUAAUCUCAUGCUUCAGGACCUUUGUUUUGGGGACCAUUUCCAUUCCAGUGUAUAUGCAGCUUUUAGUCAGUUUAUUGGGGACUUGCACUGAAUAGCAGUUUUAACUCUGUGCAAAGCUUCAGAUAGUUAAAUCGUUUUGGUACUUUUUAGAUCUUGAGUGGUGGAUCGCUGAUCACAACCCAGUAAAAUAAGUUUCAAUUUUUAUAUCAAUCCAGCAAUAUUUAAUGUUUUGUGACAUACUGUGCUCUGUCCUGUAUACUUUGUUAGGGGAGACACUCGCUGAUCUCUUGUUGUUACCAGGAGCCACAAACACAGAUUGAUUAGUUCAGCUCCAACAGCAGAGACAAAUGUGUUUUUGCUUCCCCCUAUUUUAGUGGUAGGAAAGAGCGUCAGAUUCCUGUUUUUUUUUUUUUUUUUUUAUUUCUGCUUUUUUUUCUAAAAUGGAUAAAUAAUAUUUAAAAAGGGAAUUAUAUUGUAUUUGUUAAAAUAUUCAAAAGCAUUUUUAGCCUCUGUUUAUACACAAGCUAUUCAAUAAAAGUAAAUCUUAAAUUAAA